AUGACUGAGAUCCUACGCAUCCGAGCGACUUGGGGAGUCGAUGGAGGGAAGAAUUACGAGAAUUUCGCACGAUGGUUCCCGGAACUGAAAGCCAGAGGAUACGCUGGCAUUGAAAUCAACGUCAACGGAGAAUCAGACUUCCUUCCAGAUCUCCCCGUGCUCAGGAAGGUCUGUGACGAUAAUGGACUGGAAAUCGUUGUUCAGGUUGUUUCCCACUGGCCACACGCAGCUGGUCCUCGGCCUGCUGGUCUUCAACCACAACAACAUGUGGAAUACUACCGAAAGCAGUUGGAGAAGGCCAAGGAAUUGCGCCCGCUCAAGAUCAAUGCGCAGUCUGGCGCGUACGUAUACUCCAACUCCAAGGACAAAUCAGUUUCUGCAAACGACGUCGAUAUACUAACCAGUAAGUACAGGGACUAUUGGACCCUGGAAGAAUCUGUACAAUUCUACAAGGCCACCAUCGAGAUUGACGCUGAGCUCGGCCUUGCUGGCAAGGUAGUCCACGAGACGCACCGCAACCGCUCUCUUUUUACCCCAUAUGCCACAGCGCAUAUCAUUCGCGAAGUGCCCAAGUAUGAGUGCCGACACUUGGUAGUGCUUAGACACAUUGCUAAACAUCAGUACAGGCUUCGCAUUACUGGUGAUUUCUCCCACCAUGUUGUCUGCUGUGAGCGGCUCCUAGAUCUCGGAGAAGAGGACAAACAGCUCCUCACGGAGAUAAUCCCACAUGUCUCCCAUAUCCACGCCCGCAUUGGGACAACGCAAGGCUCUCAGUGCCCGGAUCCAUCUGACCCCACGUUCGUCGCUGAGAAGACGUUCUUCGACAAACUUUGGACCAGGAUUGUGAGGGACUGGUCUAAGAACAACCCGGGUGCUCCCGUCACCUUCACUCCUGAAUACGGUCCCUACCCAUACCAUGCUUAUAAUGCUGUGAGGGAUUAUUCAGAGGUUGCCGAUACGGAAGGGGCCCGGUUACAGAAUCUCUUCCAGGCGGCACUCACCAGUGCGAACUGA